AAGGAGAGAAUAAAGGUCAACCUAUUGCUCGUCCAUCACCCAUAGGUUUAACAGGUCCACCGGCUCCAUUAGAUUUUACUGAAUUUGAAGAAGAAUUUUUUGAAGAAUGGUUGCCUGAACCAACACCAGGGCAAAAACGAAAACUAGGACACAGACGAGAUGAUCCACCAACACCACCAUCACCACGACAACCCCCACCAGUUAUUCCAAGAAAGACGUUACCACCGAGAGAUAAUAAUGCACCACUAAUUGGAGGAUCCCUUCAGACAUCACCAUUUCUCAACGAUAAGAAAACAAAUAACAAAGAACACUCUUUCAAUUCACUCUUGCCAUUGGAGAAACAAAAUGAAAAUGAAAAUGAACAUCAAGAGAUCCAAGCACCUAUUGCUAAUGUAGCUAGAGAAUCGUCGAUGAUAAUAUCACCUUUGCAAAGUUCCACACCAGAGCCAUUAAUAAGAUCACCAUCAGUAAUACCAAAAAAUGCUAUAACAACGGCACAUAUUGCAUUUGAUUUUGCAAUUAUGCCCAUCGAAUGUAGAUAUCAUUUCAAACGAAUGAGACAAAGAUGUACAUUCGAAGCAAUAAAAGAUCAUCAAGAAUUUCUCGAAAAUAAAUAUAAGGCAUUAGAUAACGAGAGAGAAGAAAAAUUACAUUCAUCAUUUUCUCGACACGUAUGGACAAAAAUAGUUUCUUUAGUAAGAAAUAUUAUUGAAAAAGCCCUUGAUAAUAAAAAGAAUAGUGAUCAACGAAGAUUAGACAAUCUUUUACUCGAUCAGAUGAAAGAAAAAGCUGCACAACAAAUUAAACAUAGAGCAACUUUAACAGAACAACAAUAUAUACAGACUUUACAUGAAAAGUUUAUGAGAACACUAGAUCUUAAAUUACAAUUAGAUAAAUUAGAGAGAAGAUUCGUAGAAAAUAUGCCACCACCAUCCCUCAAUAUUUUCGAUAAAAUAGAACUACAUGCAAAAGGACUUAAACUAGACAACCCGUGUUUGAAUACACUUCGAGAACAAUGGAAAAAUGUAUUAAGGAAAACGAAAUUAGACCUAACAACUUUAAUGAGACGAGCAAAAGUAGAAGAAUUAGAGCAAGCUAGAAAAGAAUAUGAAGAAAUGAUAAAGAAUUUACCAACUUGCUUACAAAAAUCAUAUGAAACUUUAACUCACGUAGCACAAAUAAGACAUAACCAAUUUUCAAGAAAGAAACUGAAUUUUUUAGCAAAAAGGGCGUGCGCAACCAACGCCAACUAGUGCACGCCCUAACCCGACAUCAUCCAGGUUUCUCAAAAGCAAAAUUACAUCCACAUUACACUAAGAUAAAUUUCCCACCUCAAGCCAACAAUAAAGCUUUUAUAUUAGGAGACACAGAACAAAGAGUACUCAAUCUAGGACCGAAAUUCGUACCACCAGCACCAAAACAAGUUCUAGAACGCCUUCCGAACGAAAUAGAUCAAAUGAAAGAGAAAAUUUCAGCAGCAUGGAGAAGAACGACAAAAACCAUAGGACGAGAACCGCCCAUUGUAAAGAAAUUUUGCGAACGCAUAGAAGAAGAAAUUAAAAAGAUAGUCACAACAGAAAUACCAAGAGACCCAACAAUAGAACCGGCUAUACGUUUUUUUCAAAAAGUUCAAAAACAAAAGAAUAUCAUAUUUAGAGAAACGGACAAAUCUAAGGUAUUCCAUGCCGACACUCGUGAUAACUAUUUAAAGAAAUCAACGAUAUACAUGGAGAAAACCAAUGCCUAUGUAGAAAUAGCCAGCUCACCAUUAGAAGAUAUGAUAAAAAACACAGACAAAUUUCUACGAAAUUUAGUUUCAAAUAAGCAGAUGCCUCAAGCUAUGAUGGAAAAAUUAAGACCAUCAUUCACCGAUUCAGAAUUGCCUCAUUUAUACUACAAUCCAAAAGACCAUAAAAUUGAGGAACCGCUCAGACCUAUAGUCAGCGGCAUGAAAUCGCCACUAUGCAAGCUAUCGUCAUUUUUAGAUAAGAGUAUCCGCCCCCUGUUUGAUAAACAUACGCCAUACUCACUUCCCAACUCGAUAAUUUUUCUCAAGCAUUUGAAAGAUUUCGAAACAACACCC